AUGUUGCCAAAAUUGCUACUACAAGAAUGUUGGAAACAAGAAAUAGCAUGGGACGCAAAAUUACCUGAAGCUAUCACGAAGAAAUUUUUAAACUGGCAAAAUCAAAUAACACAUCUGAAAAAUAUCUUUAUUCCUAGAUGGAUGACGAAGAGAACUUCUCCGGAGAAGCAGUGUAGUUUACACGUGUUUGCUGAUGCCAGCAAGAAUGCUUAUGCAGCUUGUGAUUUUAUCCGAAUAGAAACCGAAGAGUCCGUGUCUUGCGAAUUGGUUAGAGCUAAAAAUAGGAUAACUCCGCUAAAGGCAAUCACAAUUCCCAGACUGGAACUCCUAGCAUGUUUGAUUGCUGCUAACGUGAAGACAGAUUUAAAAAGACCAGAUCUUGAAACACAUUACUGGACGGAUUCUAGCAGUGCCUUAAGUUGGAUCAAACGAGAUGAGCAUUGGACAACUUUUGUUUCCAAUACGACACAGGAAAUAAGAGAUCUGUCUCCCCUUGAUGACUGGCAUCAUGUUCAGGGAAAUCUGAAUCCAGCAGAUAUUUCGUCUAGAGGAAGUUCUGUUAGAUACCCUAUUGAAGCAAAAUAG